CCCUCCCCCAUUCUGGGUACCAGUUGGGCGCUUUCAGGUGCAGGAGGUUGAAGAGAUGGAGCAGCUUCCUCAGCAGCGCCCGGCCUCUUAAAACACUGCUGACCUGAGCCUCCUUCCUCCCCGUAGCCUUCAGCAGAGAUGGAGUGAAAUGGACCCCUCGACCUGCCUCCGGGGAUCAGCAAUGGAGUUAAAGCAAUCUCUAUCUGUUCAUCUGGAAGCCGAGAAGCCUCUGAGGCGCUAUGGGGCUGUGGAGGAGACAGCAUGGAAAGCAGAGGGACUGGGAAGCCAGCUGGACAUCAUCUCCAUGGCUGAGACCAGCAUGAUGCCUGAGGAGAUUGAGCUGGAGAUGGCGAAAAUCCAGCGUCUCCGUGAAGUCCUGGUCCGUCGAGAGUCUGAACUCAGGUUCAUGAUGGAUGACAUUCAGCUCUGCAAGGACAUCAUGGACCUGAAGCAGGAGCUGCAGAACUUGGUCGCCAUCCCAGAAAAAGAAAAAACCAAGCUGCAGAAGCAGAGAGAGGAUGAGUUAAUCCAGAAGAUCCACAGACUGGUGCAGAAGAGAGACUUCCUGGUGGAUGAUGCUGAAGUGGAACGGUUAAGGGAACAGGAAGAAGACAAAGAAAUGGCUGAUUUCCUGAGGAUCAAGUUAAAACCUCUAGACAAAGUAAUCAAGUCUUCAGCCAGCUCCCGGGCAGAGAAGAAGGCAGAGCCCCCACCUAGCAAGCCAACAGUGGCCAAGACAGGGUUGGCACUCAUCAAGGAUUGCUGUGGGGCCACCCAGUGCAACAUCAUGUAGCCCCUAUGUGGGGUGUCCUGGAACCAUGGGGACCCUCCCUCCCACCCUCUUAUCCUCAUAGCUCCCAUUUCACAGGGGUCCAAGAGCUUUCCAAGGCAGAAGGGGUUGAAGGCAAGCCCAUGACUGCUAUUAGCAGCUGUGGGCACCUGGCAGGUGGGUCCAGCCACUGCUGUACAGAGUGUAGCAAUAGAGAGCCCCUCACCGUCGCAUGGCCCUCCCCAGAGCAUGCCCAAUCCAGGAUUCUGUCUCAUCCUUUAUCUAGCCACCAAGAAAGCCCCCCCCCCCCUUUAAAUAGUAUACCUUCAUUUUUUUCUAGGCGUUUCUAACCUAUCAUGCGAACGAACUGGGAAAGGGGCAUAAUCCCCAGGUGUGUAUAGCCGUGAAUUUAAAUAAUCUAGCACCAGUUGGACCCCUUCCUCAUCUACCCUCCAGCUUUGCUGUCAGAUACAAGUCCUGUUCCCUGUUUGUCUUCUCCCAGAGACUACCACCUGCAGGGUUCCACACAGCCUACACAUGUUUUAGGCUCCAUUGCAAUCACUUUCGUAGAGAUACUGGCUUGUCUGAAGGUGUUGGGUUUACACCUCCUGCUCCCUCCCAUUCUGUGUCUGGGCACAGUUGAUAUCAGGUGUGUAUUUGCCAAGAUCCAGGCUCUUCCUUAAUUUGCCAUGUCCAGCCCACAAUGGAGCAGGGUGGGGAGGAGUGGCCAAGAGCAGAUCCAGUGCUUAGCGGACCAGGUAGCAGAGAACUUCAGGUGCCAAUGUCAAGGCCAGAGUGGAUAAGAAAGGGACCCAGAAAAGAUGCCAACCCAUAUCCUUUUUACCCACUGAGGGCUGCUGCACGGAAGUACAAGCGGGAGGUCACCCUGCUGCGCAACAUACAUCUCUGUAAAGAACAAUUGGCAGGCAGGAGAGGAAGCCUGAUCCAACUGUGUCCCAUUGUCUGGUGGCGUGUUUGAACCAGCCCCCACAUUCCUCCUGUGUAACUUGAUGUACAUUUGCCACAGCCAGCCUGACACAGGCUGUGUGACCUCUGUGCGUGUAUGUGUGAUAUGACUGGCCUAAGUAGUUAGCACCAGUCAAGAUCUGCUGAUGUGCAAAUUAUCCGUAAGAGAAAAUAAAAAUGAAAAACACA